CAAAAACAGUAGACUUUUAUUAACCACCGAAAACGGCAAUCGACAAUCCCCAAAUCACCGAGAAACCCUAGAAUUCCGAUAAACCCCAAUCGACGGUUGCUUAGCAGCGAUGUCGACAUCGGCGCAGCCGCAGUUCCGGUACACGCAGACGCCGUCAAAGGUUCUCCACCUCCGGAAUCUUCCAUGGGAGUGCAUCGAAGAGGAGCUCAUCGAGCUCUGCAAACCCUUUGGCAAGAUUGUCAACACCAAGUGCAACGUCGGGGCAAAUCGGAACCAAGCCUUUGUCGAAUUCUCCGAUCUUAACCAGGCCAUUAAUAUGGUUACAUACUAUGCAUCGUCUUCAGAGCCUGCACAGAUCCGUGGGAAGACUGUGUAUAUACAGUACUCGAACAGACACGAAAUUGUUAAUAACAAGAGCCCCGGAGAUGUGCCGGGAAAUGUUUUGCUAGUUACCAUUGAGGGCGUUGAAGCUGGUGAUGUCAGCAUCGAUGUCAUUCACUUGGUAUUCUCGGCUUUUGGUUUUGUCCACAAAAUUGCUACAUUUGAAAAGGCUGCUGGUUUUCAGGCUUUAAUUCAGUAUAGUGAUAUUCAGACUGCAUCUACAGCAAGGGAUUCAUUAGAUGGAAGAAGCAUACCCAGAUACCUUCUUCCAAGUCAUGUAAAUGAGUGUUAUUUACGCAUAUCGUACUCUGCUCACACAGAUUUGAAUAUUAAGUUUCAAUCUCAUCGAAGCAGAGAUUAUACAAAUCCUCAUCUUCCUGUAAAUCCGACUGCCAUGGAUGGUUUACAUCAGCCCGUUGUAGGCCCUGAUGGGAAGAAAAAAGAAUUUGAGAGUAACGUGCUACUUGCUUCUAUUGAGAAUAUGCAGUAUGCUGUCACAGUGGAUGUUCUGAAUACAGUAUUCUCUGCUUUUGGGACUGUCCAGAAGAUUGCAAUUUUUGAGAAGAAUGGGGGAACGCAGGCACUGAUUCAGUAUCCUGACAUUGCGAUUGCAGCUGUUGCAAAAGAUGCUUUAGAAGGUCAUUGCAUAUAUGAUGGUGGCUAUUGUAAGCUUCAUCUAUCAUACUCUCGUCAUACUGAUCUCAAUGUGAAGGCAUACAGCGACAAAAGUAGAGAUUACACCAUCCCGAUGCAGCAGGCUACCGGAUGGCAAAACCCUCCAGCCGCUCCAGCAGUUGGCUACACUUCCGGUGGCGUACAACAGGUUCAUGCUCAGGCAGCGCCAUCGUCAUCAUGGUUCCCUACCAUGCCAGCCGGCGUACAAACCUACAUGUCGUCUCCCAGCUCAUUUCCUGGUCAAGCAUAUGGUGCAGCCCCUCCUCCUGCUUAUGCAGCCGCAGCUAUUCCACCUUUCAGCUCGCCAAAUGCUCAUCCUCCCCCCGGAGCUCCCCAGACCGGAGGCUCCGUGCCCUUGCAUCAGCCGAACGGCCCUCCGGGUGGAUCUCCUCAUCCUAGUCAAUCCCCAUACUACGGUUCAUGAGAUGUACCUUACUCGUUCAAUUAAUUUUUUAUGUAGAAAAAAGUAAAAAAAAAAAAUCUGAAGUUGCUCGGACAACGACUGUUACAGAUUCCGUUGUAAGUUUCAUCAGAAGUAUCAACUACAGCAGGAUAAAUUCUUGUCGGUGAUCCCCCUCUUGUCACUCUAUAUCCAUUCUUGCUGUGUUAAUAUUGUAUUCGAAUUUGUUUUCA